AAAUUAACCAAGAUUUUAUUCUAAAUUAAUUAAAGUAGUGUAUAAAUUUCCAGUAGAAUAUCGUGUAUAUAAUUUAUUAUAAAAUGAUAAACGUUUUAACGUUCCAGCGAUUUGUUUACCUAGGUAUUUUUUACCAAGGUUAAACACUCAUUUUCGCAUUUUCCGCCCAAAUAUUUCCCACUAGAUGGUGCUGAUUGUCAUGACGAAAUUUCCUCUUCCGUCAUUUAACCACCUAUUGGUAUAAAAUUUGAACUUCUUUGUUUGAUUUUACAGUUUUAUUGGCGUUUCAAACAUCUAUUCCAAGCUGGACUUUACAGCACGCGACGAGAGAUUUUUAAUUUAACCGUUAAGAUUGUUUGUGUUUACAAUGAAUCCCAAUUACUCGUUUAUCAGUAACGCCUCUAUGGAAUCGUCGAUACUCGAUGAAACCGAUAUUUUUUUCGGGCCGGUUACCGAGAAAGAAAAAAACUUUCGAAGAAAAUUCGAAGAUAAAGAGCAAAAAUUGCAAGACAGAAGAAAAGAGAGAGACCCUAAGGAUGACGUCUAUUUUGAAAGACGACGAGUACCCUUGAAAGAUUCACAAAAGCCUAAUAUGAAUGAGAGUUUAGAAUUCAGCCUCAUUGAAGCAUUCGGUGACAAGUCAAUUUCUGAUGUUGAACGAACAUACGAAUCUCGUAGAUAUUCACCCUCGAACGCUCUUAACGAUGCACUUGAUAGUUCUGCUCUAGAGAAUCUUCUCAAUAAUUCUCAACACGACAAUAAUCACAAAUUCACAAGUAUGGAUGAUAGCUUUAUAGAUAGUCGGCGUCCAGUAUCACCAUUUCUUUUUCGAAACAGUGGUAGAGGACGAUUUAGGUCACGUGCCAUGGUUCAGUUAGAUUUUGAAGAAGACAAGGAAAACGAUAAACCGAGUCCUGUAAAAUUGAAGGUGGCAUCUUGUCAAGAUUUGAAUCGUCUAGGAAAUAUCGUUAAACCAAUUCCUAUUAAAGCUUCAACGCAAUCCGUUGAAAAUCUAAGGAAAUUCGAGGAGUUAUCUUCCGCAUUCAAACCGAUAUCUAGAUCCGAAACAAACUUGACUCCUAAGAAAGAAAGUAAGUUUGUUGACCUAAGAAAUGAAAUUGUAAAGCAAAGAAGUUGGAACACGAACGAUGUUUACAAAGAGAAUCGUUUGUUCUUCGACAUGAACUUUAUUGAGGAUCAGUAUACGUACAGGCAAGAAAUGAAAGAGAGAGCCGAGAAAGACAUGAGCCAUUUGGAUUUAUCUAUCGGACCAACUAAUGGCAUUCCGUCUCCUAUAUUGAAAAAUAGACCUUAUCAAAGGAUUCAAGUGGUAACACGUGUGACGCAAUUAAAUGCAGCUCAGAGCACAAAGUAUGGCCUCAGUCCAGCAAUGAAAGCUGAUGAAAGGGUAACAGUUAGAGCUGCCAGAAGAAAAAUGGUACCCCAUAUGAAUCAGAUGAAUACUCCUACGAAAGCGUCCAUCAGAAAAUUUGCUCCAAUGUCCGAGCCAAAGAAGAAAGCCGAUGGCGUUGGUCACCGAUUCGCAACUCCACAAACAAAGAGAACUUGCGUAAUGGGAUCCGGAGCAAACCGGUCUUCCAAGUGUCGUAUACCAAUCAGAAAAACAGAUUCUUCAACUAAAGACAAAGAAUCGAAGAAGAUAAGACAACCUAUUUGGAGAUAAAUUGUAACAAAUUUAUCUCUCAUAGAAACCAUUUUCACUGGUAUAUUUAAAACGAAGUAACUUACGUAGAAAGAAAUUAAAGAGAAAAUUUAAUUUUAGUCAGUCUGGUGAGACAUUUGCUAUGGCCGAUUAGUCAAUAAAAGUUUUUUAUAUGUUUUUUUUUUAUACUAUUCGUCUAUUAAACAUGCUUUUUUCAUUAUAUAAAUUUUUUUAAUUUUUCAUCGAUUUUCUUAUAAAAACAAAGUAAUUUAUUUACAUUAA